AUGUCGAAGCGCUCGAGGACACAGACAAAUGUAUCAGUACCAGCAAAAAACGAAAGUCUUGAAAAAUACAUGACACUAUCUAGGCAAUUAUUGCGAAUUGGAAAGUCUUGGCCUCCUGAUAUCCUGAGGCCAAGGCUACAGUACGGCGAAUAUUUGGUAGCACUCGCACAGGCAAAGCAGUUCGAGAGCAAAAUGACUCCAAAAUUAAUCAGGAGUCAGCAAAUGUUGGUACAAGAUGGAUUGAAAGAAAAAGUAGGUUCCGGCUACAUACGCGACCUACUAGCUAACGAAUUCGACGCGCAGUAUGCCCUAUCUGAAAAGAUGUUGCAUCCCGCAUCAUUCCCUAACAAAUAUGCUAAACUCGUUGGACUACUCGAAGAAGCCAUAGAAACAAAUGAAGCACAGGCAAACGGCCAAUCAAAAGGGGAAGUGGGAGGGGACCACGAUGAAUUCUGGCCACCUCUCUUACGAUCAAGUUACUCUGGGAGCUAUGCUGAGAAGGAGCAUCCAAUUGACAUAGAUACAACCGCCGAUCUGCGUUCUAUCUCUUAG